AGUGGUAUUUUGACCGCUGCGUAGAGAACACUGAGUUAGGCGUUCCGGCCGGUAUAUUCAAAUAUACUUCGCGAAUAUUUUCCCAACAGAAAACUUUUUUAUUAACUUUCUAUCUUUCCUUGUGUGCAAGGGGUAUGUUUGUUUGAGUGCUUCGGUGACGUUUGUGUCCGUUUAAUACUAAUAAAAUGGUGUUCACUUUUCUUGGUGAGAAAAUUUACUGUGUGAUGCUAUUACAAGUGGUUUUAGUUUGUGUGAGUUUCUUGGGAGUUUGCGGACAAUUCGAAAAUGAACCAGUGACAUCUUCAUUCGAUGUGGAGGCAGUUCAAGGAGGAGUGGCUAAAUUACCUUGUGACAUAGAGCCUUCCAUACCUGGUGAUAAGAUGCAUAUAGUAAUCUGGUUCAAAGACGGAGAGAAUCGAAAAACCCCCAUCUAUUCGUUCGACUCCAGAGAUAAAUCUUUAGAACAAGGCAAACAUUGGGCAGAUGAAAGUGUUCUUGGUGGCAGAGGUUACUUCCGUUAUCAAGAUAAACCAGCUAAAUUGACUCUCGAAACUGUUAAAGACAGCGAUGGAGGUAUUUAUCACUGCAGAGUGGAUUUCAAGCAGACUCCAACAAGAAACAUAAAAGUUAAUCUCACAAUAAUAAUUCCACCGGAGAAAUUGAGCGUCCUGGACGAGACCGGAGUCCACAUCCCGGAUUAUAUCUUGGGACCCUAUAAUGAGGGAUCCUCCAUCAAUAUAACAUGUGUUGCCACAGGAGGCCGGCCUCCACCUAAAGUAACAUGGUGGCAAGAAAAUGCACUCCUAGACGAUUCUUUCGAAUACCUUUCCGAGAGACGAGUCCGUAAUAUCCUUCACAUCGAUAGAUUGGAACGAAAACAUCUACAUACUGUUUUCACAUGUCAGGCAUCUAACAACAACCUCGUUGCACCGAUCUCAAGCUCCGUCACCUUGGAUAUAAACCGGGAACCUCAGGAAAUUUGUAGAGAAUAUCUUUCGGUGCGACUACAAUUACUAAAAUUAUAA